AUGAGAGGAAUUGGAAGUUGCAAAGUUUUGAUUUUGACUGAGGUCUGCGAUUCGCAAUACAAUUUCAAGUUGUCCGUGAAUAAUGUAAGAAGUUUCAACCUUUUCCGUUUAAGAUUUUAAAAAAGUUGUCAGAAGGACUCAACGCCUUCUGAGACUACCCCGGGCUCUGAAAAACGAGGUCGGGAGGACGCGAAAGUGGCCAGACACCUCCAGAAGCCUCAGAACGGACCAGACAACAGCCUGAGGGAUCAAUUGCGGAACGCGGCCCAAUCGGCCACAAACAACAACAAAAACGGCCGAUUCCGCACAUCUUGUUUUCCCACGCCACUUUACCUCUUUUCCACUUGUCCCAACAACCUUCCCGAACUGCAAAGUAGGUCCGAACUGAAAAACUCUGUUCUUUUUGCAACUUGAUAUGCUCUCGAGUAUUUCUUGGUCUAAUUGGCCGCUCACUUCCUUUCGGCCAAACAAACUACUCCUGCAUAAUUCAAUCGCUCGUAAACUAUACUAUGCUUACAAGCAACAAAACUUGGAUCACAAAGUAAACGUAAAUGUUCAUUUUUUUUUUUUCAUCUAAUUUACUAUCAUAAUUUUUUUUACUCUAUCUACCGCUCGCUUGAGAAGAAAAAACUACAGAAAGGUGUAAGCUUUUUCUGAUGAAACUUGUGAAGACCCUUCAAAUAGUCAGACGGGAAACUAUUUUAUUAUUUGAUAAUUCAUCUGUACAUUUUUCACAUACAUUACAUCAUAGACUUGUCGAAAUUAAUAUAGAAACAGUUCGAGUUCCCUUACACACUUUCAAGUCUAGACAUGAACUGAGAAACCUGAGGAAUUCAAGAGAAAGAGAUUUGAAGUGAAAUAGUUCAAGGCAACUGCUUGAUUUUUGCAUUCUUGCAAAAAAAAAAAAACAAUCGCUUUCUUGAACCAUCGAAAAAUGCAAAAAAAGCGGGAGCUGUUCAGCUGAAAACAAAUCUCUAGUUUUGUGAGUUAAUAAAAAAUUCAAAACUACGUUCAACGCCUGCAGGUUUUGUUUUUGAAACGUCUGUGGAAUCCCAUUUUUGAUCCGCGAAAAAAAAAUAGGAUGAAGCUCAAAACUCAAACAUUUCAGCAACACUAACGCAUUGCCGCGCAAAACAUUUUGGUUUCAGCCCUCCGUCUGUUUUGGAAAAAAAGCCUUUGCAAUCCGAAAAACGAGAAGCCUGUGAGUAGUAAGUGGAAAAACAAUCAGAACACCAUUUUUCGUUUCGACAGCUUAUUGAGAGCUCUCGACAAAGUUUUCAUCUGUUUAAUGCCCUUAAUAGAUUUUUCGGAGAAGCAUAGACAUACAUAAAUAUCAAGAAAUUCUCGAAGCGAAACGCCGCGUUUUGUAUUUUGGUCGACAUGAAGCUUUUGCACAUUCAAAAAAGUUUUGGGCUGUACCCAUAAAGUAUAACAGAAAGUUUGGAAUUGUACACUUUCCGCGGGUCCUGAACUUUAUUUAAAAUCUCUCCUUUGAUUUGAGAAAGAAGCUGUUUGUGGCAAAGAGGUUAGCACGAUUUGUGUUGCCCAUUAUUCUCCAACCAUUCAUCAAACGCCGUCGUGACGUCGCCUGGCAAUUCUGGACUUCUUCUUGUUCUCUUUGA